UUAUAAACACAUUUUGGGAUUGGACGCGAGGCAUGGCCAUCUUGGACCGCUUCCGCGACGUUGACGUCGCCAACAUGGAAGAGUGCGUGGCGCUGCAUGAGGUGCGCCGCUUCUUCGUCCGUGCUGGCAUCUACCUCGCGACAGAUGAAACCCUACGCCAAGCUCGCGCCUGUUUGGUCGCGCACGUAUGCAAACUGCAGCCGCUGGCGCAAGCCGCCAUGGAGAGCGACCACCGCAUGCGCUUCAUGGCCAAAGACAUCCGUGCUGCCAUCCGCUGCAUUGAUCCUCGAAUGACCAUCUACGGUUUUGACGCUGGUGAAGACAAGCCUGAGAAGAGCACGGCCGAUGUGGACGACGGCGACAACAACGGCGGCGACGAAAGCGCUUCAGGGAGCGACGAUGGUAGCGACGACGACAGCGACGAAGAUGAAGAAACCGACCGCCAAGUAGAAGAGGCACUUGGCCAAGACGAAGCCUUUGGCGACGGGGACUUCUCGGACGGCGAAGAGGCAGGUGACGAACUGAAUGCCGCUGCCUUCGCCGCUGAAGAUGCCAUGUGGGUCAACGAAGAGGGAAUCCUUCGUAUCAGCGAAAAUGAUGCCUACAUUGUCAGUACGACGGAGCAGGAGAGCCCGUACUUGCUCCCUCGCUCUGCGGUACUACGCAUCUGGUCGAUCGCGACGAACCUCCCGAUCUUGCCGGCAGCUCUCAGCGCACUUCAUAGCGCCAUGGAGCACUUCCUUUUCAAGGAAAUGGCAGACGGCAAGCUCGGCAGCGACAUGGCAUGCACGAUUCUUCAGGGCUUGAUCAUGGAGCAAGCGAGCACCGUUGACUCCCUCGAAGCCCAAGUUGCUUCGCAGGCCUCGGAGCUGCAGGGACGCGUGUCCACGAUCGAGAAGCUCCGGAAGCAACUGACCGAACGCAACGUCCCGCGCAAGAGCUUGGCGCUCACGGAUGCCAAUGUUGGUAGCAGCCUGAUCAAGGACAAGUUGUCCACACCGCGCAAGCGCCUCAGUAGCGACAUGCUCCAGGAAAACCAGGUCCCAACGCCGCAAGCACUCCGCUACACGCGAUCGUCACACCACCGAUAAGCUGGUCAUUGUUGCUUUGAGCAAGAUCAAGCACGAAUGCAUUCUUCUUCCAUGUACCAUA